AUGGGUCAAGGGUUUUCUCUCGCUACGCCGUCGGCCGGCGCGGCGGGCAUAGAUAUUGCGCAGCUGCUGGACAUUCAGUACGAAAAGAGCAUAGGAAAUGCGCGCUUCAUGAAGAGCAUCCGGGGCAGGCAUGAGCACGGCGUGGUGCUGGUCAAGGUGCUGGUGAAGCCCUACCCGGAGGUGAAGCUGGAGACGUACAAGAAGAAGAUUCUAGAGCAGCGCAAGGCGUUGGCGGGCGUCCCUAAUGCAUUAGGCUUCCAGCGCAUCAUCGAGACGGAGACGAACGGAUAUCUGGUGCGACAGUUCAUGUACAGCUCGCUCUAUGACCGCAUGAGCACGCGGCCCUUCCUGGAAGACAUUGAGAAGAAGUGGCUGGCGUUCCAGCUUCUCUGCGCCCUGCGGGACUGCCACGCGCGCGACGUAUACCACGGCGACAUCAAGGCCCAGAACGUGCUCGUCACGUCGUGGAACUGGCUGUACUUGACCGACUUCUCGUCUGCCUACAAGCCCGUCAUGCUCCCGGACGACAACCCGGGCGACUUUUCCUACUUUUUCGACUCGUCUGGCCGGCGGACGUGCUACAUCGCGCCUGAGCGCUUCUACUCGUCUAGCGAAGCUCCGCCUCAGAAGCCCAAGAUGACGUGGGCCAUGGACGUCUUCAGCGCCGGGUGUGUCAUUGCCCAGCUGUUUCUCGAGUCGGAAAUCUUUAGUCUCGCCCAGCUGUACAAGUACCGGCGCGGCGAGUAUGAUCCCGUCAUUACUCAUCUGAGCGUCAUCUCGGACAAGGACGUGCGCGACAUGAUUGCCCACAUGAUUCAGCUUGAUCCCGAGAGGCGGUAUUCGGCUGAGCAGUACCUUGACUUUUGGAAAGAUAAGGUCUUCCCAAGCUACUUCUACAAUUUCCUCCACCAGUAUAUGGAGCUGAUUACGGAUCCUUCGUCGGGGAACAGCCCCAUGUCGGGCGCUGAGAAGAAUUUGGGCGAAGCGGAUAACCGCAUCGACAGGAUCUAUAAUGACUUUGACAAGAUUUCGUAUUUCUUGGGCUAUCAGUCUGAGAAGCAGACGUCGGGGCCGAUACUACCCAAGUCGAGGCUGGGGUUGGACCAUUUCCCCGUGAGGCUGAGCAUCCCAACACACGAACAUGCCGUUUCCGCAGAUCUCGAACCGCCCGAGGACGACGGGACGCUCAUAUUCUUGACGCUGGUGGUCUCGGCUAUGAGAACGACGGCAAGGGCUGCGUCUAGAAUCAGGGCGUGCGAUCUGCUGUUGGCUUUUGCCGAAAGGCUUACGGAUGAGGCCAAACUGGACAGAGUGCUGCCGUAUCUGAUGACGCUUUUGCGCAAGGAGGAGACGGACAUGGUGCUCGUGACUGUGAUACGGGCCGUCACCCAGCUGCUGCAGCUGGUACGGAUGACCACGCCGAUAAAUUCGCACGUUUUGGUGGAAUAUGUCCUGCCCCGGAUGGAGAUUGCUCUCGGAACCAAAUCGUGGACACCCAACUCUCUUGUGCGAGCGACUUAUGCGUCCUGCAUAGGUAGCCUUGCUUCUACUGCACAGCGUUUCCUGGAAAUGGCAUCCAGCCUCAGGGCAGACGGAUCAAUGCCGAUUACGGACCCGGAGGUUGAGCCUGGGACUGAUGGCGCCGCCGCCAACUUUGAGAGCAUGUUUGAUAAUGCGAAUCGACAGCUUUUUGAGAUUCUCGAGAGCCAUACGAAGCAGCUCGUCGAGGACCCCGAUGUUCAUGUUCGAAGAGCGUUCUUGACGUCGGUGCCGGAGCUCUGCAUGUAUUUCCAAGAGAGUUCUAAUGACAUUCUGCUUACGCAUCUAAUCACAUAUUUAAAUGAUCGGGACUGGAUGUUGAAGAGCGCCUUCCUAGACACCAUCGUGGGCAUUGCGACCUUUAUAGGAAGCACGAGCCUCGAGGAAUUCAUACUGCCUCUCAUGAUCCAGGCUCUGGCGGAUCCAGAAGAAAGCGUGGUGCGUUCGGCUUUGCAUUCGCUGGCUCAGCUCGCUGGCCUGGGGCUGCUGUCCAGGUCAAAGGUAUGGGAACUGGCCGACUUGAUAGGACGGCUCACCAUGCACCCAAACAUGUGGAUCAGAGAGUCUGCAGCAGAGUUUCUAUCUAUGGCUGCCAAGUUCUUAUCGCAAGCCGAUGUGCAGUGCAUUUUGCUGCCGAUGGUUAAGCCGUAUCUCAAAAUAGAGUCUCUUUCUGACUUUUCCGAGUUGAAUCUGCUCGACUCCUUGAAAAAGCCUCUUCCCCGGGCAGUCUUUGACCAAGCGCUGACUUGGGCUGCCAAGACGGAAAGGGGAGUGUUUUGGAAGUCAGUUCUGGGGAAGCGGCUGUCAUCGAACCAGGGGCCGCUGGCUCCGGCGGCUCGAACGUCUGGGGACCUAAUACCCACUUCCACGAGCAAGAUCAACCGCAAUGACGAAGAUGAACAAUGGCUUGAGAAGCUGAGGAAUUUUGGGCUAAAGGCCGAGGAUGAGGUGAAAUUCUUGGCCUUGUGCGAAUAUAUAUGGCGGCUUAGCAGAAGCAAGACGCGAGACCCUGUCGUCGUUGCCCCUGCUGCCGAAGAAGAAAUCAUGCCCACGGGAUUCGUCCAGCUGAAGGAGCUGGGUGUGUCUAUCCAGACUGUGUUUUUUGACGAAGGGCCCCUGAAAGACCCCUCUGGCGCGCUGCCCGACCUGGAAACCACACCUCCCGUAGGAGGGCCAUAUACCAUUGCGGAUGCGUUAUUGGACGCUUCCAUGACCAUAAACGAUAAGAAGCGUGGCGCUCUCCAUUCUCACAAGAGGGUGCACAGCAUUGGUCCUUUGCCCUCCCGCAGCACGGGACGUCUGCUGUCCCCCACAGGGAGCGGUAGGGCUAGCUCUACUGAUUCUCGGAUGGCACUGAAUUCUCCCCUUGGGCCUGGGGAUGAUUCCGUAUCUGUCAAGGAUGGAUCAUAUUCUUCUCGCCGAGGCGUCCGACACCAAUCGAGCGCUCUCAGUCUCUUGGAUCGCAGGGAAGGCCACAAGUCCAUACCGGAGACUGGAACCAGCGACACCAACGCAUUUGGACAGGUGGACGGCCCCUUUACCCAAUCAGCACCGGUGCAGGCCAUUUCUCGGCCGAGUACAGAAGGCGGCGAAGCUGCCCGUCUGAGGCAGGUGAGGCAUAGCUACGAAGGAACGGAUCCCCACGUCCGGCGCAUGCUUGACAACAUGUACGUUGAAAACUUUCCCCGCGAUGUGCUCGAGUUUGGACCGAUAGUCCAGCCCAUUUCUGGAGACAAGAGCAGAUCGGUCAACGUCCCAGGCGCGGACCCUCCCUGGAAGCCGGACGGGCAUCUCGUGGCGACGUUUGCGGAGCACCGUGGGCCAAUCAACCGUGUUAUUCCAUCUCCAGAUCACAUCUUUUUCAUCACGGGCGGCAACGAUGGGACAGUCAAGGUGUGGGAUACGCAGCGACUCGAGCGCAACAUUACGAACCGGUCUCGGCAGACUUACAAACAUGGCGAAGGCGCUCGCGUCGUUGCCCUGUGUUUCGUCGAAAACUCACACUGCUUUGUUAGCUGUGCGUCCGACGGCAGUGUUCACGUAGUCAAGGUUGACACGGUUCCCACUAGUGGUGUUAUUAGAUAUACCAAGCUGCGAGUGUUGCGGGAAUACCAACUACCGGAAGGCGAAUAUGCAGUGUGGUGUGAGCAUUUUAAGCAAGAACAGAGCUCCAUCCUUGUGCUCGCCACCAAUCUAUCGAGGAUCCUCGCCAUGGAUUUGAGAACAAUGACUCUGCUCUACGUGCUGGAGAACCCUGUCCAUCACGGAACACCAACGUGUUUUUGCGUUGACAAGAAGAGGAACUGGCUGUGCGUGGGGACUUCGCAUGGAGUUGUCGACUUGUGGGAUCUUCGGUUCAAGAUGAGGCUCAAGGGCUGGGGUGUGCCCGGGAAAGGAUCCAUCUACCGGAUUUGCGUACAUCCCAACAAGGGCAGAGGCAAAUGGGUCUGUGUCGCUGGAGGAACUGGCCAAGGCGAAGUCACAGUGUGGGAUCUGGAAAAGACGACAUGCAGGGAAAUUUACCGAACUGGCGGCAAUAAGGAUGGCCAGAAGGGAUACACCGCUUGGGAAGUCGAUGAAGAUAAACCCGAAGGAAUGCUUGGUCGGUUCGCCACAAACCUGGAGAUGAGUGACAUGGCAAAUGCGGACCGAGGGGUACGGGCAAUGGUUGUGGGCACGGGAACAUCAGAAGACUCUCGCGAGGUCCGCCAUGCGUACAUGCUUACGGCAGGGUCCGACAAGCGGCUUAGAUUCUGGGACAUUUCUCGGAUCGAAAACUCUUGCAUCUACAGCGGUCUCCAACCCGACGAAGUGCCGCCCACGUACACGAGCUCGCAUCCGACGACAUCGAUGACGCUGAAUACGGAGCGGUUCGCUAGGCAUGCGGCGUCGGCGCCCAAUGCGGGGACUGGAUCCAGACAGAAGGCACCCAGGUCGACGGUGAUUUCUAUGCAGCAGCAGCAGUUGCUCAAGUCGCACCUGGAUUUGAUCAUGGACGUGGCGGUUCUGGAGUACCCGUAUUCGAUGAGCGUGUCCGUGGAUCGGUCUGGCGUGAUUUAUGUGUUUCAAUAG